CUUCAUUUCUGUAUGAAAAAAAAUUCAUUCUUUGGAUCUUACACAGCAUUGCAUUACUUUACAAUUUUUUUUUUUUUUAACGAAAGUUAGUAGCUUGGUAUCAGUAGAUGGAGGGGUGAGAGCUUUUCAACAGGUUCUUGGUGAAAUUUGGGUCAUGGAUGAUGUGGGUCUGGUUUCUUUUUGAUUAUUGAGCUUUUGACUCUGCAAAGUGGCUCACUGUCUUCUAAGCACCCUUUGCCAUUUUUACUAGAUAAAAGAUGGAUCCUACCCGGGUUAAUUCGGCAGCUCAUUGCUCUGGUACAACACCAUCAGAAGAAUCGGCUUUGGAUUUUGAUAGAAGCUGUUGCAGUCAUUCUCAUCUGCCUUCACUUAGUCCACCAACACUUCAGCCUUUUGCUCCAUCUGGACAACACUGUGAGUGCAGUGCGCCUUACUUCUCAUGGCCCACCUCCAGCAGAUUAAAUGAUGCUGCUGAAGAAAGGGCAAACUAUUUUGCUAAUCUACAGAAAGGAGUGCCACCUACUAUUGGUCAGUUGCCAAAAUCGCAACAAGCAACAACAUUACUCGAGCUCAUGACUAUAAGAGCAUUUCACAGCAAGAUCCUCCGAUGUUACAGUCUUGGUACAGCAAUUGGAUUUCGUAUUAGAAAAGGUGUGCUCACUGACAUACCAGCUAUCCUUGUUUUUGUCUCCAGGAAAGUUGACAAAAAGUGGCUCAGCCCAAUACAACGUCUACCUACUGCUCUGGAGGGACCUGGUGGUGUAUGGUGUGAUGUGGAUGUGUUGGAGUUCUCAUAUUUUGGUGCACCUGAGCCAACACCCAAAGAACAGUUUUACACAGACAUUGUGGAUGAUUUACGUGGGGGUGAUCCAUAUAUUGGUUCUGGUUCACAGGUAGCUAACCAGGAGACCUAUGGAACUCUGGGUGCCAUUGUGAAGAGUCAAAGUGGCAGUAGACAAGUUGGUUUUCUCACAAACCGUCAUGUAGCAGUUAACUUAGAUUACCCCAGUCAGAAAAUGUUUCAUCCUCUUCCUCCAACACUGGGUCCUGGUGUAUAUCUUGGUGCGGUUGAGAGAGCCACUUCAUUCAUCACAGAUGACCUUUGGUAUGGCAUUUUUGCUGGCAUAAACCCAGAGACAUUUGUGAGAGCAGAUGGGGCAUUCAUCCCUUUUGCUGAUGAUUUUGAUAUGUCCACUGUUACUACAUCUGUGAAAGGUGUGGGAGAGAUAGGUGAUGUAAAGGUUAUAGACUUGCAGUGUUCGAUUGGUAGCCUUAUCGGGAAGCAAGUGAUGAAGGUUGGAAGAAGUUCUGGCUUGACCACAGGAACGGUGUUGGCCUAUGCCCUUGAAUACAAUGAUGAGAAAGGUAUCUGCUUUUUAACUGAUUUUCUCGUUGUUGGUGAGAAUCAGCUGAGUUUUGACCUUGAAGGAGACAGUGGAAGCCUCAUCAUGAUGAAGAGUGAGAAUGGUGGGAAGCCACAACCCAUUGGAAUCAUAUGGGGUGGAACUGCCAAUCGGGGCAGACUUAAACUAAAAGUCGGCCAGCCUCCUGUAAAUUGGACCAGUGGAGUUGAUCUUGGGCGCCUUCUGAACCUCCUUCAGCUUGAUCUCAUCACAACUGAUGAAGGGCUCGAAGGGCUCAAAGCAGCAGUGCAAGAACAAAAAGCAGCCUCAGCAACAGCAAUUGGCUGCGUUGUGGGGGGCUCCUCACCCCCUGAGACAGUUCGGAAGGAUAAAAGUGAAAACAAAUAUGAGCCUCUGGGUCUUCAAAUUCAGCACAUUCCACUAGAAGUCGAACGCUGCAGUGCAGAAAUGAAUCCGUCAAUACUAGAAUCUGAGUUUCAUUUGGAAAAUGAGGCAAAGGCAGGUCCAAGUGUGGAGCAUCAAUUCAUUCCAAGUUUCAUGGAACGGUCACCUUUGCAUAAAGGCUUUAAGGUGGUCUCUCAUGAUCUUGCUUCAUUAAGAAAUGGUUGUGAUGAAGAUUUCUGUGUUUCAUUGUAUUUGGGUGAUAAUGAAGCCAAGAGGAGGCGUUCUGAUGCCUCAACAAGUACAGAACCAAAGUGAAAAGGGUGUAACUGUAGUGCUGGAAACUGAAGGGUGUUGUAACUGGAACCGGGGUAUUGUUCUGUCUAAUGCAGGUGUUGUUACUCCUAAUAAUGUAGGGAAUUAAUUAUACAAAUUUGAAAAGUCGGAGGGUUAUAUUGAAUUUUGAUUAUGAAUACAAGGACAUUGUUAUAUGUAACUAAAAAUGAUUUUCUCCUUCUUGUAAAAUAAAAAAUAAACAAGGAGAACAAGAAAUGUGAAAUGGAAAGACAAAAGGCAAAGAGACCAGGGGAUUUUAUU